CAACGAAAGAUGACAUCUCCCGGAAGAUCGAUAUCAUACGGAAAAAGCCGGAAAUAAUAAAAUGGUCGCCUUGUCAAAAAAACAAUCAAAAUAAAUAACCAUUAUCAGACUUUAGCUCCAGUUAAAAGGCAGUAAAUGUGAUGGGGUAGAAGAAAGAAUAUGGGGGACAGAACUUUGGGUGCAGCAAGGAAAAUUUCUGUCACGCUAAGGCCAAGAUCUGCAUCUAAGAACCAGAAACCAACUCGCAGGAGAACGACUCCAACAUCUAAUGCUGUGAUAUUUGCUGAUCCAGCAAAACAUCAUGCAUCUACCAGUUUUCCUCUGUUUUCAAACAACUUGGUGGCCAAAAAACCACCUGUACCACAACUAACUACAGGCACAUCAGAUUCAACCAAGAGUAAACAGUCCCUGUCAGUAAGCCAUGCUUCUAAAGCCAGGCUUACUAAAAGGGGGCAGGUCUCCCCUACCCCAGUAGAACAGGUAACAUCCAAAUCUGAUAUCAACAAUGUGCGAGUAUCAGUUAACCCAGUUGCGCCUGACAAAAUGUCCACCCAAGCCCCAGAUGUAGUACAAGUAGGCAGUGUUAGUACACGGGAAGGCACACCAGAGGAGGUUCUGUCAGAGGUGACCACACCCACCACUGAUGUGAGGCAGCAUCUUGAUGUGUUUCCCUUCCAGACCUUGCCUGUGGACUGCAAACUGAAAAUCUUCACCUUCCUUUCCAGUCAUGAUAAAGGAAGAUGUGCGCAGGUGUGCCAUGACUGGUGGUCGUUGAUGCAGACCCCAGGCCUGUGGUCUCAUGUCUCCUUCAGCAACUUCCCGUUCUGGUGUAUCACAGGAGAGGAACAUAACUGUCUCGGAAACUGCUACAUCCGCUACCGAGUCAGGGUAAAACAGUUCCUUGCUUUCCUCAAAGACCUUCGACCAAUAUUGAGAAGUAUUGAGUUCAAGUUUGACAUUGGAGAGCCAGUGGAUGGCUUCCUAGCACCACUGGAAAAUUUCAUUGAUAAAGCCAAUACAAAGGAGCUGAAGUAUGCUAGCAUGAACUGGAAGGAGACACCAUCUAGACCAUUUUGGACUGAUAAAAACAUGGGCUGUCAGGAUGUGAUGUACAAGCACAGACUGAGGCAGAGAAAGUUUGUGACAUUCUUUGAUCUCUUCACGCAGCAGUGCCCUAAGGUUGAGACUCUGGUCAUGCCGUUUGACUGGUCUGACCCGAGUGUGGACAGUUUGCUCAGGUUAAAAAACUUACGUAGCCUUGUUCUGGAGAAGUAUUUUGUCUUUCAGAAACUAUGUCAAGAUCUCAUUGAUAAGUUGUUGAUUGGACUAACCUGCUUGAAGCAGUUGAUGCUGGAGGUUUGGACUCCUAGUGGACAUGGUCUUGUGUUCUUCUCCCUCGUUUCAAAGUCUCUUGAGUAUUUGGACAUUUCACAAAGUCGUGGAUUCUACCUUAAUGCGGUGCACCUACCAAAGAUUAAAGUGUUCCGAGUUGCUCGCCAUCCCUGGAACGGCCCACUCGUAAUUGCUGAUCGGGUCAAUGUACCAUGUAUCUAUGAUGUUCUAGCGGAGGGUGCCCCGGGGCUGGAGAAGAUCAACGAACACUACCUGGAGGCCACCUGGCGACAAGAAAAGUACCAGAAGCUUGAGGAAGUCCUGAAAAGCGUAUGCUCUUGCAAGAAACAUAAGUCAGGCUGGGCCAUGUAAUCGAAUGACUUUUCAAACUUGGACAUUUAUGGUUAAAUAUCAAUGCAGAGUAGUGUCAGACAUCUUUUUUUUCUGUUUAAUUAUUUUAUUAAUUUAUUUUAUUUAAAUUCUGUAACAAAAGAGAUGAGGCAAUGUUGAUUGUAACCAUCCCACUUAGUGUAUAAUCACUAUUUGUUUUGGAUCAAAAUCUUGUUUUUAAUUCAGUUUUGCAUUACUUUUUUUUGUAUUUUUUACGAUUUCAUACUGCAUUUUUAUGAUUUCGAAGUGAUUUUUUUAGAUCAACACCAAGUACGAACUUUGUUAUGUCACAUAGCCUUUCAAAUUUCUGGGAACAGUUUCAUGAAUCAUAGGACUAGGAGCAAUCUUUUACCUAGAAAGGAUUAUCAUCAGAGCAUUAAUACUGUUGAACAACUACAAGGUAGAAAAUUGCUUCUAGGAUACUUAAUGAAAAGCUUCCCUGUUUAGAAAUAAGUUUUAGAAAAUAUAUGGUCUAGCCUGCCAACGAUUAUUGUGUGAGAGCAAGUUGUGGUAAAACUAGGUACGAAAGAAGUCGUUCUUGUAUUUAAUGACAGAAUUUGUUUACAGAUGGAUUGUAAUGUAAUAUUCAAAGUUAUUUGUAGAACAUUCUUUAAAUGAUCAAUGCUUAUAAGACUAGUGUAAUAAUUAUAAUUCCUCCUUUCAAUGACACUAUAUGUAUAUAUAUAUUUGUUAAACAUUUGGUGCAAGGUAAUUUAUAUGAGAUAAAUUAGUUUUUGUUUAGUAGUCUUUUAUUUUUUGUCUUUUUUUUAAAUUUGUUUUGGAAAGUUUCAACUUGAGUCUAAAAUUAUCUUAAUUUACUCAGACAAUGACACAUUCACAUGCUAUUUAGCACAUAUUAUAAUUACUAGAUGUUUGAAUAGAUCCCUCUCUUUAUUACCCAUUUUUUUUUGUAAUUUAUGAACAUAAUACAAUUAAUCACUUCAGGCAUGUCACAACUAUUCGACCUCUUUUUUGGAUAUUUCUUUUUCAUUCUUAAAGGUUUUGAGAGAACAUUAAUGCUGAUAUAACAGCAUUCUUUAGGAAAGGGAAGCCUGCUGUUUUUAUAUAUAUUAAUUGUUUUUACACCUACAUGUAAGUAAUGAUUAUUGUGCUGUACAUUAUGAUUGAAAAAUGGCCAUGAAAAAUGUUGUGAUAUUUUUGUCUGGUCAUGUUGACCUGUGUGUGAUAUUUGUUUUUUAUUUUUAUUUGUUACGGUCUUAAAGCUUCUUGUAUCUUGGAAAAAUAAGAAUAAGCAUAACUAUCAUGCAUUUCUAUUCAAGAAAAUCAAUAAAUCAAUGUAUGAAACUGAAUGCCUUGUAAAACCAUGAUUCCAAAAAUUAGAAAACAAAACCAACGACACAUUCAUCACAUUUAAGCAAUGCUUAGUUGAUGAUUAUGUAAAUACUUGGUAAAUCUUUGUUUUUAGGGUUUCUGAAAUUUGAAACAACAAAAUGGAUGUUUAAGAUUCAAAGAUUGUUUAAACAGUUAAAAAAGUGAUAUAAACUGCAAUAUAUGUACAACAGAAAUUGUACCAAUACUGAUAGAAGAUCUCAACAUGUUUUGAAUAUGAAACCUUUUCAGCUUCAAAAGAAAAAAAGUCAAGUUAUUAUGAUAGCCUUGGUGUCAUGGUCAACUGCAUUGUUAUGCAAAAACUAACCUUGCUAUAUAACUAAAACAGAGUUAAAGAUAUUCACCCGAAACUUGGUAGACAUGUUGUUAGAGACAAUUAACACAAUCAUCAUCAUGUACAGCAACGUCCAUAACUUGGGCGUUAUUAAUUGACGAGUCAUUCCCCAAAUGGAAAAAAAGACUGGCGUUCCUGUUAUAUGAAACUGCUCUUUUUAACUCUUGUUGACUUAUAACAUCCUUUGUUAUUCUUGAUAUAACCAUUGUGCUGUGAAUACUGCUUACUGAAGGCCGUUAACCUUGCAGUUGCUCUGGUAAAAUGAUGAUUGUUUGGCAUGUAUGGGAUGGCUUACACUUCCAUUUAGGGCAACUAUGAUGGACAAUAUGUUUUAUUUCUUUGAUAAACAACACAGUUUGGUAUGAAAUCCGAUAGCGAACUAGAUAUUUGUCUUGAUUUACUCAUAAAAGCAAAUUAAUCUGUACAUCUUAGCAUUAUCUUUAUAGUUCACCAACUGAUUCGUCUACUAAAAUGUUGGGAAAAUGACUCUAUAAAAAAUGGUGUUGUGGUGAUAGCUAAACAUUGCAUUGCUACUGUUAUUCUACCAGAACUACUUCAUUGCCCUCGACCUCAGAAUAAUGCUGUAUAAAAUCAUGUAUUUUUGUAAUACCUUAAUAAUUAUAUAUUGUGUAUGACAAGAUAACAGGGAUAUAGUGACUGUGGAAUAGGGCAGAUUGAUUUGACAAUGAUAUGACUGUGAUUGCUCAUGGAACUCCAAUGCCUUCCUCUGAAAGUUGUCAUAAAGAGAGUGUUUGGAACCGCUUGUUGCUGGCAUUAUAGUGCUUGAGAAUGUUUUUAAAUUAUGGUCAUGAAUCAUUAACCGGCUCUGUCGUCUAAAGUUGGUUGUACUUUAGAAAGGCAUGCACAGAUUGUACUAAUGAAAGGCAUGGCUCACAGACAUCAGUUUAAUUCAUUAUUACUGCAGAUUUUUCACUGGCAUAGUAUUUACUAAUGAAUGUAUUGACCGGUAGCCACUUAUUACCAACUCUUGAUUACUCAGUAAUGCAUUGAUUAUACAUCUACAGUGUUUAUGUUCAAGAGGUAAAAGUCUUUGUUCAUGAGAAUCUGGGGCUGAAAAUUAAGUUCAAAUAAAUUGGUUGCAUAAUUCAUUUUGUUAUGUAAUUUUCUAAUGGUCUGUUGAGCCAGCACCUGUAAUAUAUUUAACAAGUUAUUUUUCUGUUCUUGUUAUUGACAGUUAAUGUUAUUUGCUAGUCGAAUUGUGGAAAGAAUUCAAGCAUUACUUAAUAAUGUUAGUUCAUAGUGUGUUUUUUUGUACUUUUUCUAUGUAAAUGCCUAUUAACAUCACAUUAUUCUGUUGUUUUUCGCUCUGGCUAUACUUUGAACUAAAAACAUGUAUUCGCAUGUAUUAGAAGUAUUUAUUAGCUUUUCUAAUGGUGUGAAUAAUGUCUUCAUACUGCAUUACCUGAAUUGUAUUGAGCUUGUUUACAAGCAUGUAUAAACUUAAAAAAAUAAUAAUCUCUAAACAGCUGGUACAUGCAAAACCCUACCAGUACAAUGCUGUAUAGAAGUACUUUAAUGACGGACCAUAAAAAUUAUCUGUUUGUGUGUUUAGUGAUUUUUGCCAUAACUGGACAUUUUUUUGUUGACUUUUCGUGAUGUUGUAUGGGCCAUAGCAAUGCACUUUCCUUUUACACAGUUUUCUGAUGGAACAGAAGUUUUCACAGGGGACAGAAGCAAAUUAUUUUGCAUGUUUUCUGAACAUAAACCUGACGAAAACAUUAAAAUAAUACUUUGCUUUUGCCCUCUGUGGAAGAGUUGUAACAUUUGAUAUGAUGUAAAUAUCGUUCAGUUUUGAAAAUAUAUCUGUUUAAUUUUUAAAAUCAUGUCAUUUUGUCUGUAUCAUGUUAAAACAACCAUAUGAUGCUUACAGCACUGAUUAAAAAAAUGUCUGUAUACGUCAAAUAUUUCUUGAUAGUUGAUUUUAAAGGAGUUAUUCAAUUAUCAUAAAAUUAUAAUUGCUCAUAUCAUUUCCAACGAUAUUCUCAGUUCUGGUUUUGGCAAAAUGAUUUUGGUUGUACAUGUUCCAUAAUUUAUCAAACCUCUACCAUUGUCAUUGUUAAUUCUUAGGUUUUUUUUAUGAGUUAAUACCUUUUGUACCAUAUUAUCUUUGUAGAACAGUUAGUAAAUGAGUCAGUGAUUUUAGAAGGAAUAAAGAUCAAGUAAUGUUUUGCUGCUAAGCGAUUAUUGGUAAUUGUAUGAUUGUAUAAUCACAACAGUAUUGCUAUUUGUUAAGAAUAAAAUAGGGAAAAUUCAA